UUUGUUAGGGUUCACAUACAAGGGACAGUUUUAUGUGUACAAAAGGUUGCCACAGGGAUUUAAACAUAGUCCUCAUAUUUUCAAUAAAGUAUUGAAAGAUGAUUUGGCAGGACUAGAUCAAAAAUUAAAAAGUACAGUGGUUCAAUAUGUAGAUGACAUUAUUAUUUGUUCACCAGAUAAGAAAACAUGUCAUGAAGACUCAAUUAAGUUGUUGCAGAUUUUGGCAGAAAAUGGUCACAAGGUCUCACAGAAGAAGUUGCAAUAUUGUCAGGAGAAGGUAGUUUAUUUGGGUCAAACAAUAUCACAGGGCCACAGAAGUAUUUCUGACAGUCAUUUAGAGGCUAUUCGAAAGGCUCCAAAGCCCCGAACAGUCAGGGAGAUGAUGACAUUCCUCGGUAUCACUGGUUACUCUUCAGCAUGGAUUGAAGAUUAUGCAAGUUUGACAGGACCUUUAAGGGCUAUGAUUAAAGAUACUGGGAGUACUCAACUUCAUUGUAAUCUUCUCUGGACACAGGAUGGUUUAUUAGCCUUUGAAACGAUUAAACAGAGGUUACAAGAAGCUCCAGCGUUAGCACUUCCAGACUAUUCUAAGAAUUUUCUGUUGUACGUAUCUACCUCAGCUGGAGGAAAAUAUGCAUGUGCAGUUCUUUGUCAGCCAACAGGUACAGGGACCAGUCCUCAACCUAUUUCAUAUUAUUCUACUGCUUACUCAGAUGUUGAACUUGGACUACCACUGUGUUAUAGAGCAAUGGUGGGAGUCUAUUUAAUGUAUGACAAAGCAUCUUCGGUCACGAGGGGAUAUCCAGUGACAAUUCUUACUCAUCAUAGUCUCAGAAAUCUUUUGAACUAUGGCAGGUAUACGUUGACCAUGCCUAGACUUAGAGACUAUAAUAGGCUUUUAGAACAGGAGGAUGUCACAUUAGUCAGAUGUGUUACGAUAAAUCCAGCUGAGAAUUUGCCAACUCCAGAAGAUGGUGAACCACAUGAUUGUGUUCAAGAAGCAGAGAAAUACUCAAGAUUAAGGUCAGAUUUGAAAGCUCUCCCACUGCGUGAGGCAGAUGUAGAGUAUUGGACAGAUGGGUCCUGUUAUCGUGUGGGAGAUAAUUUGAGUGCUGGUUAUGCGGUGGUAAAAGCCCAGGGAACAGGAUUUGUUGUUGAGAAAGCGGAAGUGGUACCGCAGCCUGCAUCAGCGCAGCUUGCCGAAUUGGUGGGGUUAACUGAAGCAUGUCUUUUAGCGGAAGGCAAGCGUGUGACGGUCUAUACAGAUUCUGCAUAUGCUCAUAAUGUGUGUCAUUUGUUUGGAUCGGUAUGGAAAAAUCGAGGGUUUAAGAAAACAGAUGGUUCCCCAAUACAGCAUCACACUCAGAUAAUGAAACUUCUCCAUGCUAUGAUGAAACCUAAAGAAAUAGCAAUAGCUAAAUGUGCAGCACAUAAGAAGGAUGUGUCAAGAGUCACUCAGGGUAAUAAAGCGGCUGAUGAGGCUGCAAAAGCAGUGACAGGAGCUGAGAAGUUGGGUAAAGUUUUCUUGGUCACACAUGAAGUAGAUUUGGAGGAUAAGAUUACAGUGAAAGAUGUGGUCUUAAUGCAGGAAGCUGUCUCUGAGGUGGAUAAACAGUUGUGGGUGGAUCGAGGGGCAACACAGGAUUCUACUGGUCUUUGGAGAAAUCAUGAGGGACUGAUAGUAGCACCUCCAGACCUGUUGGGAUUGAUGAUUCAGGAAGCACAUGGCUUAGCCCAUGUUGCAAGGGGGGAAGUUAGGAGGUAAGAGGUACAUGUUGGUCGUCGUGGAUAGAUUUUCACGAUGGCCUGAGGCUUGUCCAACUAAGCGAAAGGAUGCUCAGUCAGUUGCCAAGUUUCUGUGCAGGGAGGUCAUAAGCAGGUGGGGACUUCCUGAUCAAAUAUCUUCGGAUAACGGGAAGGAGUUUGUGGAUAAGACUGUGAAACUGAUCUUACAAAAAUUGGGGAUUAAACAGCGUCAGGGGCAGUUUAUCAUCCACAGAGUCAAGGGAGAAAUGUGUGUGUGUUGAUGUUUGUUUUUAAAUAUAUUGUGUCUAUACGUUUUAAUGUUUGCAAAGAUACUGGUGUGCUGUCUUUUCUCCACUUAGAAGGAUAUUGAAGGAGGAUCACUGCAAGAAGCUGGGUGUUCGGGGACUGAAGGACCUUGAACUAGGACACUGUGAUGAAGCUUUGCAGUGCCAGUGGAAAACGAAUGGAGCAAAGUGGAAAAGAAUCACAGUGCAACAUACUUUUGUUUUGUCAAUGUUGUAAUGAAUGUAAUUGAGUUAUGUGUUUGUUAAGAAAGUGGAUGUAUUGGAACCUCAGUUGUUUUCUUUUUGUUUUC